UGGCCAAGCAGAGUCUCGGGCUCUGUGCAUCUCUUCGGGAGCGGCGCGGGAAGGAUGCUCGUCCGCAGGGGCGCGCGCGCGGGGCGCGGGAUGCCGCGGGGCUGGACCGCGCUCUGCUUGCUGAGUCUGCUGCCCUCUGGGUUCACAAAUACAGAGAACCUGACUACUACUGCCACAAAGUCAUCUACCCCAGGAAUAUCUUCAACUGUCCCUACAACUAUACCCAACCAGGAAAGCACAAUAUCAAGUACUUUUGGAAACAUCAGCCUCUACGCUGUCUCUCAGGACAGCAAUGGGAGCACAGCAACCAUCUCAGUUCCAGAGCCUACAGUCAAUUUCACAUCUACCUCUGGGAUCACCCCAGUCCCUGGAACCAUGAACUCUUCUGUCCAGUCACAGACCUCUUUAGCCACCACAGUGUCUUCUACCCCCAUCAACUUUACAACUUCAGAGAUGACCUUGCAGCCCAGCAUGUUACCUGGAAAUAUUUCAGAUUCCCCAUACAAUAGUACCAGCCCUGUGACAUCUCCCACUAAUCCCUAUACAUCAUUUUCUCCUAUCCCAAGAACCAUCAAGGGAGAAAUAAAAUGUUCCAGAGUCAAAGAAGUGAAAUUGACCCAAGGUAUCUGCCUGGAGCUAAAUGUGACCUCCAGCUGUGAGGAGUUUAAGAAGGACAAUGGAGAGGAACUGACCCGAGUCCUGUGUGGGAAGCAGCAGGCUGAGGCCAGGGCCGGGGUGUGCUCCUUGCUCCUGGCCCAGUCUGAGGUGAGGCCUCACUGCCUGCUGCUGGUCUUGGCCAACAGAACAGAACUUUCCAGCAAGCUCCACCUUCUGAAAAAGCACCAGUCUGACCUGAAAGAGCUGGGCAUCCAAGGCUUCACUGAACAAGAUGUUGGGAGCCACCAGAGCUAUUCCCGAAAGACCUUGAUUGCACUGGUCACCUCGGGGAUCUUGCUAGCCGUCUUGGGCACCACGGGCUAUUUCCUGAUGAACCGCCGCAGUUGGAGCCCCACAGGAGAAAGGCUGGGCGAAGACCCUUAUUACACGGAGAACGGUGGAGGCCAGGGCUAUAGCUCAGGCCCUGGGGCCUCCCCUGAGGCUCAGGGCAAGGCCAGUGUGAAUCAAGGGGCUCAGGAGAACGGCACCGGCCAGGCCACCUCCAGAAACGGCCAUUCAGCGAGACAACACGUGGUGGCUGAUACCGAACUGUGACGGGGGGCGAGUGGGUGGGGCGAGACUGGGCAAAGUCUGGGGAAGGAGCCCCUCCCUGCACCUGAGCACGUGCUGUCUCCCUGCUGGAGGAGCCUCCCUUACCCUCCACCCUUUCCCACUGCACAGCCCCUCGGAGGCCGUUCCUGGGACCCUGCCCUGUUCCAGGCCAAGGGGUUCUCGCCACCUUGGGGAGAAACAGGUAGCUCCUGCCCUUUCCACAUUCAGCUCCCUGCACCCAGCCUCUGGGCUGCUCUGCAUAAAGGUGUGAUAGGGAAAACCAAGGUGCAGGGAAAGUCCUUGCGGGGGUUGAUGGGCUUGCAGCUUCCACACAGGGGCCCCUUCCCUCCCCUUCCUCUCUGCCUCAUUAUAGGAACUCCCAGGGGAAAGCACAGGCUUUUCUGGCUGUAAUUUCCUCCCAGGAGACUUUGCCUUUUACUCUUUCUUCGUUAUAUUUUCUUUCUCUACUUUAGGGAAACCAAAGCAACCCCUUUCACCUGCUCCUUUGUAAUGAUAUAGCCAGAAAAUCAUGUUGUCUUAAACCAUCUCCCUCAUUCCCCCUCUAAGGCACUGUGGAUUCCGUCACCAGCUCCCCUCUUGCUUCCAAGUUCCCUGAGCUCCACAGGCCCUGCCCCCCCCCCAAAUUUUAGAACAAUGUCCUGUGUCUGUGUGUUGGGGGUACAUGCACACACAUGUUCACAAAUGGGCAUACACAUGGCCACAAAUGGGUGAGAGCACAUAGCUUGGCCCUCAUCUCUGCGGGGCCACGCAGAGCUUCUGCUCCGGCUUCUGUUUCUCCCUGUGGCUCAGAGUGGACAGGACCGUGGGACCAGAUCUCUGAGCUGUGCCUCUUGAACUGUGUGCUUCUGAGGAAGACUCUUGCACUGAGGCUAGGUUCUGACCUUAACCUCUGUCUCAACGGCUUCCUCCCUCCUCUCCCUGACUCCUGGGUUGAGCUGUGGCCUCAGCCUCCCAGCAGACUCCUUUCUGUCUCUGCCUUCCCAACCCUUAAUCCUUUUACUGCUCUGCAACCCAUGUGGUCAGGGCCCCAGCACGUCUCCAGAGGACCCUCACCACAAGCCACCUUUUCUGUGAGUGACCCAGGUCCUGUUUUUGUUUCUGUUUUAUUCCAGAGGGGUGAAAAGGGAUCCUGGUUUCAAUGACGGUUGGAAAUAGAACUUUCCAGAGAUAGGAAGAUGGGGUGGAUUUUUUUUUCCUGAAUAAAAAAUGGUGUGUGUAAAUACUGUAAUUAAAGUGAU